UGACGCACUCCUGUCCAUAGUGUGAGUAGCCAGUAGUCAAGCUGCGACUCAAGAAAUCUUCACCACAACAGCCAUGGUUGAUGCCGUGGUGAUGACCCUACUGUGUGCUGCUGUAGCAGGUUCCGCUACCAGCAGUAGUUGCAGCAACUGUGACGGUAACAACGUGACCUGUGUUGACGGUGUGUGUCUACCUCGCUGUGUCAGCGUGACGUCAUCUGGGGAGUGUCUCCAGUGUCGUGACUCCAGGUUCUAUGGUAAACAGUGUCAACAUGACUGUCCAGACACCUGUCUCAACUCUCGCUGUCAGAUAAUCAACACCCGUGUUGUGUGUACAGAGGGAUGUGUGGCCGGCAAGAAGGGAGAUCACUGUGGAGUGAACUGUCCUACAGCCUGUACACAGUGUGAACGUUAUGGUGAUGGUUGUACAGGACCGUGUCAGAAUCCGCAGUAUUACGGUCAACACUGUAGAACACCUUGUCCCUCCAACUGUAGAGGUGGAUGUAAUUGGAUCACAGGGGAGUGUGGCACCUGUGAGCCAGGAUACAGAGGGAAGCACUGUAACAUUACCUGUCCCUCCAACUGUCGAGACUGUGACAGGGAAACAGGCGAGUGUAUACACUGUGUUGAAGGGUACCGGGGGGACCACUGUGACAGCUGUGAACCAGGUUAUACAGGGGACUACUGUAACAUUACCUGUCCCCUUAACUGUAGAGACUGUGACAGGGAAAUAGGCGAGUGUAUACACUGUGUUGAAGGGUACAGAGGGGACCACUGUGACAGCUGUGAACCAGGUUAUACAGGGGACUACUGUAACAUUACCUGUCCCCUUAACUGUAGAGACUGUGACAGGGAAACAGGCGAGUGUAUACACUGUGUUGAAGGGUACAGAGGGGCCCACUGUGACAGCUGUGAACCAGGUUAUACAGGGGACUACUGUAACAUUACCUGUCCCCUUAACUGUAGAGACUGUGACAGGGAAACAGGCGAGUGUAUACACUGUGUUGAAGGGUACAGAGGGGGCCACUGUGACAGCUGUGAACCAGGUUAUACAGGGGACUACUGUAACUUUACCUGUCCCCCCAACUGUAGAGACUGUGACAGGGAAACAGGAGAGUGUAUACACUGUGUUGAAGGGUACUGCAAGGGUGGAUGUGACGAGCAGGGAGAUAACUGUAACAGCACAUCUUGUAAAACAACAUGCCGAGCAAACUGUAAUGUUUAUGACUUCACACAAAACCAGUGCAGUGGACCUUGUAUCAACGCCAACUACUAUGGAAAGAUAUGCACCAUUCCAUGUCCAGAUAACUGUGACAAAUGUGAGAAAGACUCUGCUAGAUGCCUCAACUGUGCACCGGGUGUGAGAGGGGAACUGUGUAACGAGUCGUGCCCAUCUAACUGUAAACUGUGCGGUCGCUAUGACAAUAAAUGCAUUGGCCUCUGUCAUGACAGUAACUACCACGGAGUGAGCUGCUCCGAUCCAUGUCCCGUCGGCUGUGAAGGGUGUGAGAAGGACACUGGACUGUGUAUCGGUUGUGCCCGGAGCUUCAGUAGGACAUACUGUGAUGAUAUGUGCUCUCCGUGUUCACAGGACACGUGCCACACAGAACAUUGUCAAAAACGUAUGUAA